AUGUCUGUGUUCUUCUUCUCUUCUUCUCACCUCCUAUAUAUUCGCGCUACACACCAUCUACAUCCACAUCUUCCCCAGCAUCUUCAUAUUUCAUGUCUGCUUCUACCACCCAGUUUGAACGGCCCCGGCGCAUGGAUGUAUGGGGGAACGGCUUCGCCUGGAAUUGCAUUGCCCACUUACUUGCUCCCCGAUCCCGCCUCCCCUUUUACUACUACUUUCCAUGACGAAGAAGAGGAGACUAUACUAGGGCACCACCAUUCAUCUCAUCCAUCGACUACUACUGCCAAGGCUCAAGGAGGGGAAUUCGAUGGGUUUGGGAGUGAUGUUGAACACCAGGCACAGCAGGCAUCAAGCUCUGCAGAGUCUGCACGGAAACGGUGGGAUCUGUUUUCUGUGCGAGUUCAUUUGGGCGUUUUCCACGCGAAGAAACGACUUUCCAAUCUAAAGCAGGGCGGUUCUUCUGUGUCAUCGUCAUCAACUUUUACUGCAUCUCCGACGAUACCUAGCUCGAAUCCGGCAGGGCUGCGGUCGCCCAAGUUAGCACCUAGUUUUCAUGUCUCCUCCAUCCAAGUUACUUCAUUUCUAGAAGGGAGAUCUCGUAAAGAUGCCUAUCAUACCCUGCGAGCUGACUUCAAGGGUGUUGACUACUAA